UAAACUCCAAUCUGCGUGUCCGCCAUCUUGAUUUGUUGGAGGAUCGCAUUCCUUUCCAGUUUGACGGAAUUUUCACAAUUCAACACCUCAGCAUUCAAGCAAGAUCAACAAUCGAAAUGGACCAGACAAGCAGCGAGACUGCUAUGGACGACCAUCCAGUUGUACACCCUGGAGACGAGACAAGCAGCAGCGAGGCAUUAGACACGGGAAGACAGCAGAGCGAGGAAGGGCACAUUCCAUGUGAGGAAACGUGCGGAGAAGAAUCCGACCAUCCUCCAGCACAAGGUGGAACAGAGCAGACGGGCAGGCUUGCGGUGAAACCUACUGUUGAUAAACCUUUUGCGUGUACUGAAUGUGACUAUAGGGCAACCACAAGGGCUAGGCUAUCCAUACACACUCGGAGGCAUACUGGAGAGAAACCCUAUAAAUGUGACCAGUGCGAAUAUUCUGCUGCACAUAAGCGUUCUCUAGACAUCCACCUCGCUAAUCACACCGGAGAAAAGCCAUAUAUGUGUGGACAGUGUGGAUACUCGACUAAUAACAGGUCCCGCUUAUCCGAACAUAUGAGAACACAUACAGGUGUGAAACCUUAUAAAUGUGACCAUUGUGACUAUUCUACCGCACAAAAAAGCAAUUUGGACACACACUUGGUCAAACACACCGGAGAAAAACCAUACAUCUGCAAAGAGUGUGGGUUCAUGACGGCUGACAGGUCUUCCUUAACCAGACAUAUGAGAAGACAUACAGGCGAGAAACCUUACAAGUGUGACCAGUGCGACUAUUCUGCUGCACAGAAAUUUGCUUUGGACCUUCACCUUACUAAGCACACUAAGCAAACUGACGCCAAACCGUUCAUUUGUGGAAAGUGCGGAUACAGGACGAAUGUCGUCUCUUCCUUAACCGUACACAUGAGAACACAUACAGGCGAAAGGCCCUACAAAUGUGACCAAUGUGAUUUUGCCGCUGUAGCGAAAAGCGAUUUAAACCGACACAUGGCUACACACACCGAUGUAAAACCCUUCAUGUGUGGAGAGUGCAGUUACAGAACUGCUACCAAGUACCAACUAUCUCAGCAUACGAGAAGGCAUACAGGUGAGAAACUCUACAAAUGCGACCAAUGUGAUUAUUCGGCUGUAGCGAAAUGCAGACUGGACAAACACAAGGCUAAGCACACCGGUGAGAAACCCUUCAUGUGUGGUGAGUGUGGGUACAAGACAGCUGACAGGUCCUGCCUAACUCGACAUAUGAAAACACAUGCAGUCGAGAAACCCUACAAAUGUGACCAAUGCAGCUAUUCUGCUACAGGGAAAAGCUAUUUGACCAAACACAUGGCUAGACACACUGGUCUAAAAUCCCUCAUAUGUGAGGAGUGUGGAUACAAAGCUCCUCGUAGGUAUUGUCUAACCGUACAUAUGAGAAGACACACAGGCGAGAAACCUUAUAAAUGUGACCAGUGCGAUUAUUCUGCUGCACAUCAAAGUAAUUUGCGCCGACACAUGGUCAAACACACUUCUAAGUGAUACAGUUAACAAGAUUCGGACACAGGCAACAAAAUACGACUGCAUCAAAGAACUGCAUUUAUAUAUUUAUUGUAUGUGUUACAACUUAUAGACGAAGUGAUUAUCAAUAGUCAUCAUCAUUAGAUAAGACUAUUUAUUCAUUUAUUUCAACUUCCUCAUUUUUGUAAACAAAAAAUGACUUGGAAAACAAAAAAAUGACUUGGAUUACAUAAU